UGAUACACUAUAUUGCCCAAAGUAUUGGGACACCCCUCCAAAUCAUUGGAUUCAGGUGUUCCAAUCACCUCCAUGAACACAGGUGUCUAACAUCAAGCACCUAGGCAUGCAGACUACUUCUACAAACAUUUGUGAAAGAAUAGGUUGCUCUCAGGAGCUCAGUGAAUUCAAGCGUGGUACCGUGAUAGGUUGCCACCUGAGCAAUAAGUCCAUCUGUGACAUUUCCUUGUUACUAAAUAUUCCACAGUCAACUGUUAGUGUUAUUAUAACAAAGUGGAAGCAACUGGGAACAACAACUCAGCCACGAAGUGGUAGGCCACGUAAAAUGACAGAGCGGGGUCAGUGCAUGCUGAAGUGCACAGUGCGCAGAAGUUACCGUCUA